AUGCCGGCCAAGUACACCCGACUUGACAUUGACAAAUGCAUAUUCCUCUUCGUGGACCACCAGUCAGGUCUCAUCAAUCUCGUCCGCGACUUCCAACAACAUGAAUUCCAGAGGAAUGUAAUGGCCCUUGCCAAAGUCGCUCAGUACUACAAGUCUCCCAGUGUGUUGACCACCUCGUUCGACACCGGUCCCAAUGGACCCAUUGUCAAGGAGAUCACCGACUACCUCCCGGAUGCGCCCCUGAUCCGCCGUCCUGGACAGAUUAAUGCAAUGGACAAUGAUGACUUUGUGAAUGAGAUCAAAAAGACCGGCCGAAAGCAGAUUGUGAUCAGUGGCGUCCUGACUGAAAUCUGCGUGGCGUUCCCCGCCCUCAGCCUCAUCGAGCAAGGCUACGAUGUGUUCGUGGUUACCGAUGCCUCGGGCACAUUUGCAGAACAUACGCGCGAGGCAGCGCACAAGCGCAUGGUAGCAGCAGGUUGUCAGCUGCUGAACUGGGCGGCUGUUGCCGGGGAGCUUCACCGCGAUUGGCGGCGCGAUAUCGAGGGCUUUGGAGCUAUCUGGACCGAGCAUAUUCCCGGAUAUUGGUGCGUGAUGCAGAGUUACCAAGCAGCUCAGCAGGGCAAGGAGUAA